UCGCACCGAGAGCAAAGAUAGCUGAGAAGGCCCGGCGUUGGCUGUCUCGACGUGCAUGUUUUGAAGACUUCGCAUCAUGUUAAUGAGUUCUUAUCAAAUUUUAAUCACAAAUUCAUACAGCGUGUUCAGUAUACGAAGGAAAAACAAUAGUGCAAGAUAUUUACCCUCUUGAUCGAGUCAUUUCGCUAGUAUUAUUUGUGUAACUGAAAAGGCAAAUCACCAUGCCAGGAAAAGGAAGCAAAAAGCGAUCGUCAGCUCAUGGCGGAAAAAGGGCUGAGCUGAUGUCUGACGACGACUCGAUUAACAAUGACGCUUGUAGCGUUGCUAGCGGUCAGUCGGACAGUCGCAGCGUGAUGGAUGAUGGUAACUUCAACGACAAUGAGGUGGAUGAAAUAGCUCAGCAAGAAGCGCUAGAGGAAAAGCUGAAGGAAGCGAUCGAUGGUCUAACUCAGAAGUGUGCCAAAUCAAGAACAACAUGCUUCAACGGCAUAGAAAAGGCCUUCACUAUGAAAUACAUUCCAGACUUUGUGGAGGACAGAAAAAUGACAAUCACCGAUAGCAUAGAACGAGCCCUCAAGAAGGGACGAGGCGACGAACAAUCUGCUGCUGCUCGACUUGCUAGCUUACUAUGCGUUCAACUUGGAGCUUUUGACAGUGCCGAAAUAAUAGUCAAGGAUCUCAAGACUGUUUUAAUAUCUACUGCCAACAACAAGUCCAUCUCACCAACUGCCAGAGCUGAGUGUUAUUGGACCCUCAGUAUGAUGCAAUUUUUAUCAGGCAACGACGCUGCAGAUACAAUCGAAAUUAUGCAACUACUUUUGACCGCAUUCUACGAUUCUGCUUCCGCUGAUCUUACGGCCCUACAGGCAACAAUUCUCUCAGCAUGGACACUUCUUUUGACGCUUAUGGCAUCUUCAGAUGUUCACAACUUGAUUAGUAGUAGUAACACAACGGACUCCUACAUGCUAUCACUGAAUCAGAUACGGGAAUUACUGGAAUCUUCACAUCUGGAACUACGCCUAGCAGCCGGCGAUGCUUUAGCAGUAAUAUUUGAGCUUGGGCGCGAUUACUCGGAGGAAAACGAAAUAUUCUGGGCAAUAGAUCUUAUCGCAAUUCUCAAGGAUCUAGCAACUGAUUCAAACAGGCAUAGAGCCAAAAAAGAUCGCAAACAACAGAAGGCCAGUUUUAGAGACAUACUGCGGUACAUAGUGGAGGAUGAGUUUCCAGAGCUACAAAUAAAGUUCGGACAUGAAACUCUCUAUUUGGAAGAUUGGUGUACCCGAGUUCAGUAUACGGCUUGUUGUCGCCUCCUUGGCCCCGGUCUCAAUAUUCAUUUAGGGGAAAAUAAGCUUCUCCGCGAGAUUUUUAAUUUGGGAGAUAGAGUCAUGGCACCGCAAUCAUCACAAAGGAGAGCGACCAAACAGCAAAGGAAUCUUUUAAAUGCCGCUGCGUUCAAAGCACGGACAAGGCAGCGCAACAAAAACCGGGACAAACGCUCUGCUACUCUGGCUUCCUAAUUUAAAUUUUAUUAUUUUAUCACAACUAAAUAAUUAAUCCACACAAUCUUAUAGCAUUAUCGAAAUUACUAUUUAUUUAGCUUAAUAUCUAAUAAUGAAGAUUCAAGCAAAUGUUAUUAAUACUAUGAAACUACUAUGUGAAUGAAAAAAAUUGUACAUACAAUAAUUGAUUUGCUUUUCUUGUUGCUUGGAGGGGAAAUAGUAUAAAAAGAAAGGUUAUAGUGAAAAUCAUUGCAUUCUGGGCAAUUAGUCAAAAAUAUCGCACGACUAAAUCAUGGAAUAUCUUUGUGUCACUUCAACAAUCCACAAACGAAUAUGUUCGAAGUUAUUAUCAGUAUUUGAUUUUAGAAAACAAAUAUUGGAAUUUAUAAUUUCUGUAGUGAAUGUUUUUAUUCUGGGAUUUUUUUUAGAUUCUCUCUAUACCUUUUUGGGCAUCGUGUUGAUAGAAGUCAGUUGAUUAAAUUUUGUUUGUUUUUUGAACUAUUAUAAAUAUCCAGUAGACAACAUUGACUUGAAUUUUUGUUCCAAUUAAAUUUCACAUACAAAUUCCUAACAUUGUAAUAGAUAUACAUGAUAAUAGUUAACGAAAAUGAAGUUUUUUUAAAAUUUAUUUCUUUUCACAUAGCUAUAAAUUGAUCACUCUGCAAUCAAAGUGUAGAAAAAACUGUAUAUAUUAAUUAUAUACAAUUUCAAAACUGCUUAGAAUUGCACAGUUCAUGUACUUUAUACUUAUAUGUUAUGUAAUUUAGACUGUUUUGUAAAAAUAUUAUGUACGUUACACAUUA